AUGAGCCAGGAUUACUUCACCGGCAAGGGUAAGGAGCCCCUUCGCUCCGGGCCAGAUCCGGAGGCGCAAGAGGACUCGGAUAAUGGCCCGUCGAAUAAUCGCCUGUCGAGCCAGGCACCUUAUUUCACGACUGUCGGCACCGGUUUACUACCCGAGAGCGCGGCACACCUGCAGAAUAGUAUCGAGACCGAUUCCGGCUAUGGGGGUAGCGUUACAACUGAAGAACACCGCGCCAUGGCAACGCCUGGGUACGGCACGAUAAUGAAUUCGACAAAUCCGCUAGGACGGGGACAGGACAGCGCCGGCCACCAAAUGUGGUAUUACAAGCAGCGUGCAGUACUAGGCCGGUCCAUAAACAAAGUUCUGGAUCUCCUGCAAAGCUUGAGGGAGAAAAACAUGGACUGGCCUGCCCAUUACCCGACCAUCCGACCCAGCGAACCGACUUCUUCUGAGCAGUCAUCUUCGAGACCCAGAAUGAACCGCAUUCAUUCUGCCAUGGGAGACGCCUCUUCAUACACGGCGGCGCAACCUCCAGCCUUGGCGCGUUCCAAGACUACUGUCGACACUUUUGCUGAAUCUAGUCGUGCUGCUGAGACGAGAUCUGUCCCUGAGCCGAGGCUUGUGUCUCCUCGAAUCGCUCAAGAAUUAUUCGUUUUGAAACUGGACCUGAAGUUGGGGGCUUUGCAUCAAGCUGAACUGGUUCACUCGCUGGAGAAGACUUCAAUCGCCUCUCUUCUCGAUGGUAAGAUUGGUUCCAGCAUCAAGCACCUCUUGUCUCUUCGUGAGCGCAUCGAAGACACGUCGAGCAAAGUCCUCAUUACGGGGGACUUGAACGCUGGCAAAUCAACAUUCUGCAACGCCCUUUUGCGAAGAAAAGUCCUGCCCGAAGACCAACAGCCAUGCACCGCCAUCUUUUGCGAAGUUCUCGACGCGCGAGAGAAUGCGGGAAUCGAGGAGGUCCACGCCGUUCAUAAGGACGCCAUUUAUAGCAGACACGACGAAAGAACCUAUGACGUUUAUUCUUUGGCCGAGCUGGAAAGGAUCGUUACAGACAACGACACAUACACCCAAUGCAAGGUGUAUGUGAAGGACAUUCGAACUGCGGAUGAGUCCUUGCUGAACAACGGGGUGGUUGACAUUGCCCUUAUCGACGCUCCCGGCUUGAACUCGGAUACGACAAAGACGACUGCUAUUUUCGCCAGACAAGAAGAGAUUGACGUGGUUGUUUUUGUCGUUUCAGCGGCAAACCAUUUUACUCAGUCGGCCAGGGAAUUCAUCUAUGCUGCGGCUGCGGAGAAAGCGUAUCUCUUCAUAGUGGUGAACGGGUUCGAUACCAUUAGGGACAAGGGCCGUUGCAAGAAACUAAUCCUGGACCAAGUCGGCGGCCUUAGUCCACGCACGCACAAAGAAUCGUCAGAUUUGGUCCACUUCGUUUCGAGCAAUGCCAUCCCGGCUGGACCUACACCUUCUGGAGAAUCCGGAAGCAGCAGUGGCGGUGGCGGUGGCGACGACGAUCCCAGCGACGACGGCGGAAAGGGCAAAGGCAAAGACUUGGACAAGAUUCGGGAUUUUGAAAAUCUGGAACAGUCAUUGCGCCGCUUUGUACUGGAGAAGCGAGCCAAAUCGAAGCUCGCCCCAGCUCGAACAUAUCUGCUCAACAUCCUGAACGAUAUCAACACUCUGGCCACUGUGAACCGGGAGGUGGCUCAGUCUGAGCUCGAAAGGGUGACGUCGCAGCUCAAAGAGCUGGAGCCUCAACUUGCUUCCAGCCGCAAAGCAAGGCUGGAGGUGACUGAGCGACUGGAUCGAGAAAUCGAAGAGACCUGCAAGGAAAUGUAUGACCACACUCGAUCGGAAUUGAACAUGGCCAUUGCGCAAGCUGGAAAGAUGGAUUACAACGUGCCCUAUCCUGGCAUAUUUCGCGCGUUCGAGUACGCCGACGACAUCAAGGAGGCUAUGUUGUCACACAUCACGGAUACAGUCAGCCGCUGCGAGGAGCAUGCCAGGGGCAAGAGCAUACAGGGAUGCAAUGCCAUCAAGCAACUCGGCCUCCUACACGUUGGCGACGAGUUCCAGAACUGGCAGUUUCGGCCAGACGUAAUGUUCAGGAAGAAAAGAGACGCUCUUGCGCGUCAAGUGUAUGUCCCUACCGAGCUCUGGGACUUUGUGGAUUGGUCAACUUUGUUGCAGCGUCAAGAGAAAGUUGCCGGUACGGGCAUGGCAUUGACGGUGGCCGGCGCCGUGGUGCCCAGGGUGUUUGGUAUGAACAGUUGGAUGGAUCAGGCCUUGUUGACAACACGCGUAUUGGGCAGAGAGAAUCUUGGAAGAUUGAUCAUCCCGGGGAUCGUCAUCGCUGUCGUUGCUGGAGCAGCAUAUGUCUUGCAGCAGAUUCCCAACUCAUUGCCUUCCAAGCUGGCGGUCAAGAUCUCCUUGCAACUCACCGAACUGGACUAUGUCCACAGCAACUCGUCACGAAUCUCGUCAUUGGUUGGAAAAGUGCUCCGUCGUCCUGCGGAAGGCCUCCGCGUCAGCCUCGAUCAGAGCCUCAAGGAGUUGGAUAACAAGCGCGACGCGGCCGAUAAGUCCAAGCACGAUAGCGAAGAAGCUGCCAAAUUUUUCCACGAACUCGUCGGAAAAAGUCAAGUUGAACGGAGCAAGGUUAUAGCGGUUGACUUGGACGCGCCGCCAGAUACGCACUAA